AUGGAUACAAAUGUGUCGACAUCAUCAGCAAUUGCACCAAAUUCGUUUUAUGUAAAUAAUGGUACUAAUGCUGCUAGUGACGACAGAAUGAUAACAACAGUGAAUCAAGCAAGCAAUAAUAAUAUAUUACAACAACAAAUGUCUCAUGAUAAUAAUCAAACACUUAGUCCACAUUAUCAAGUUGAAAAUUCAACCGGUUAUGAUUUGGAUACAAUAAUAACAUUGUACGAUGGUCUGAUGCGUAUUAAUCGUUUAGUCUAUAUAGCUGAUCAUUGUCCAUCAUUAAGAUAUGAUGCAUUAUGUGCUGCAUUAAAAUAUAUUCAAGAUACACAUUUUAUUACAAUGUACAGAACAGUUCAUAAUAAUUUAAAUGAAAUGGUACAAGCAUCCAAACGUCAACCAAUACAGCAUCCAACAUUAACAAUACCAGAAUUAGAUGCACAAUGGUUAGAACGUACACAACGUAAUUAUUUACAUAAAUUAGAAAAAUUAGAUACAGAUCUGAGAAAUUUUCGAACAAAUUCCAUAAAAGAUUCAAUUCGACGUGGUCAUGAUGAUUUGGGCGAUCAUUAUUUGGAUGGUGGUGAUUAUUUUAAUGCUGUUCGUUGUUAUGUACGUUCUCGAGAUUAUUGUGUAACACCUCGUCAUAUGGUAACAAUGUGUAUGAAUGUUAUUAAAGCGAGUUUCUAUCUACAAAACUGGCCAAAUGUAUUAACGUAUGUUAGCAAAGCUGAGCAAGCUAUUGAAAACUCAGAACUUUCGAGUAGUAAUAAUACAAAAUUAGCGCAAUUUUCAGCAACAAUCGCAAUGGAUACAUCGACAACACCUUCCACAUCAUCGACGCAAGAUCAAAUAUUAACAUCGAAAUUGAAAGUCUAUGCUGGUAUAGCCGAAUUAUCAACAAAACGUUAUAAACUAGCAGCAAGACAUUUUAUUAGUGUUAAUUUUGAACAUUGUCAGAAUAAUUGUCACGAUUUAAUAUCACCACAAACAUUAAUACAAUAUGUUUGUCUAUGUUCGUUAGCCACAUUUGAACGACAUGAAAUACAACGUUUAAUUUUGAAUAGCAAUAUCAAACAAUAUCUAGAAUUAGAACCAAAUAUUCGAGAUAUAAUCCAAAAAUUUUAUGAUACAAAUUAUAGUGAUUGUUUAAAAUUAAUGACACAAUAUCAGAGUUUAUUUUAUUUGGAUAUUUAUUUGGCUCAACAUGUGAAACCUUUAUACCAUGAUAUUCGACAUCGUAUUAUUGUCACCUAUUUUCUUCCAUAUAAAAAUGCCAGUAUGUUAAUAAUGGCUAAACAAUUGAAUACAACAAUUGAUUCUCUUGAAGAUGAAUUAGUAAAUUUAAUUCGAAAUGGAAAAAUAAAAGCAAGAAUUGAUUCAAAAAAUAAAAUAUUGUAUGUUGCUGAUACAGAUCAACGUUGGUAUGCUUAUCAACAUGCAUUGAAUAUUGCAAAAGAAUGUGAAAAAACAACAAAAUCAUUGUUAUUACGUUCAGCUAUAUUAAAAGCAAAUUUAGUUGUUAGAGAUGAAACAACCUUUACAGGUGCUCAUAUUCAUCAUCAAAUGUCAACAACUAAUAACAACAAUAAUAAUGAUCAUUCAGCCAGUCAUGAUUUUCAUACUCUACAAGUGCUAAGAAAAAAUGUUCGAAAUUAUGAAGAUGAUAUGUCGGAUGAUGCUACAGUGUGA